AUGCAGCUGGAGCAGCGGGGGGCGCCCCUGCAGCGGGGCGCGCUCGUGCGCCAUGCCGGCGGCUGCCUGUCGCCGCGGGUGCUCGACUUCCUCUGCUUCGACACGCCCCGCUCGGUGCUGGGCAGCGAAGAAGGGGAGGAGGAGCUGCCAUUCUACCUGGCGGAUCAGGCCAGUCUGGAAGACCAUGUGCGCCAGGUGCGCGGCAACCGCCUGGGCGGCGGAAUACCCGGCCUGCUGCCGUGCCCCGCGCUGUGGGUGGAGCGGUCGGCGGCGGCCGCGGGCUCCGCCCCGCUGCUCGUGCUGUACCGCCUGGGAGGUGCGGUACAGCACUGCGCGCUGCCGGGCAAGCCCAUCAAGCUGCAACCCGUCAAGGCCGGCGGCGGCGGCGGCGGCGGCAGCGCGCGCCAGGGCGCCGCCGCCUGCCGAUCCUUUGUGUCCAGCCGGCGGCACAUGCAGCUGUACCGCCUGGUGCUCAGCCUUUUCCCCAAGCUGCAGCAGCUGGACGCAGACCUCGCUGGCGGCGCCGUGGCGCUGCGCGGCGCGGGGCCAGCGGCGGCGGCGGGCUGGGCGGCGCCUGGGCUUCUGGCUGACACCGCCACGCCCGUACUGCAGGGCGUGCUUCUGGAGCGGCUGGACGAGGGCGGCGAGCCGCGCCAGCUCACCGUCGCCCCCGACUUUGCCCACGCCUGCCUGGUGCUGCUGCAGGCGCCCGGGCCGGGGCCCACCCCCGACUGCCUGCGCACAGUCAACUGCCUCUCCGAGGCGCUGGCGGUGCUUCACCGGGACACGGGCUGCCUGGGCCCGCCCUCUCUCACCGCCUCGCCAGUCAAGCCAGGCGGCGGCAUCAAGCGCGGCGGCGGCGCGCCGCCGCCAACUCCCUUCCAGUCUCCGUCCAAGCCGCCGCUGCCGGCAGCGCACGGCGCCGAGGCGCUGCGGCUGGCGGUGGCGCUGGUGCAGGAGUGCGGCUCGGGGCGGCUGCGGGAAGGCCUGGCCAUCUUAUCGGCAUCAGCAGGCAGCCCACAGCUCUGCGCCGCGGCGUUGGGGCUGGGUGCCAUGGAGGCGCUGGUGACGGCGGCGGCCACCGUGCUGCCUACAGCUUCGAUGGGCAUGGCCGAGCUGCAGCCGUCGAUCGCGGUGGCAGUCGCGGGGCUGCUGGAUGCCGCGCCGGCGGCGGCCGCCGCCCCCGCCCGCCUCGUCGCCAUCCUCGCCGCCGUGCUGCGGCAGAGCUGCGCCAGCCCGCUGCUGCUGUGCCGCCUGCUGGUGGCGCUGCUGGCGCGGCCGGAUGUGCGGGCAGAGGCGAUGCGGCAGGGGCUGGCAGGCUCCAUAGCAGCCAUGUACGCCCGCGCAUCGCCCAUGGCGGUAGCAGCGGCCGACGCACUCGCCGGUGCCGGCGGCAGCAGCAGCCAGUUGGUCAGCGGCGGCGGCGGCCAGGCGCCCGCGGCGCAGCCGGGGCCGCUGGGCUUUGGCUCUCCGCUGCAGGGGCAGGCGGCAGGCGGCGAGCAGCCUUUCGGUUCGGCCGGCAGCGGCAGGCAUGGGCAGGUGUCGCACCUGGUGGCUGCCUACAACGCCCUGUCGGACAGCGGCUCAGACUGCUCACCCUCUGCCAGCCGCAGCGCCUCGCCCGUCAAGGGCUCCCCCAUGCGGUCUCCCUCUGCCCUGUCCAGCGGCCGCUUCUCCGUGCCCCGCCUGGCGCUGCCCGCCUGCGACUCCCCCACCGGCGCCGGCCCCGGCGGCGGCCUGACCCGCUCCACGCGCCGCGUGCUGAGCGGCACGCCCGGCGGCGCGCGCAGCCCCAGCCCGUACGCCAGCCCCAGCCGCCGCGCCGGCACGUGCGACGGCGGUGGCGAACCGGCAGCUGCCGCUGAGCUGGCGACGCUGGCCAGCGCUCUGGGGGAGAGCCUCAUGGCCGCUGACCUGCCUGCUAUCGUGGCCCACAAGCGGCUGGCGGAUGCGCGGCUGGGCGAGGCGGAGGAGGAGGAUGGCGUGCCCGCUGAGCUGCUGGAGGCGCCGGUACCGGGUGGUACCGGUACCGCCCCCGCGACGGGGGGAAAGAAGGUCCUGGAGGCGCACCGCAUCCUGGUCACCGCCCGCUCGCUGCGCAGCGUGGACAGCAGCGCAGGCCGCACCUCGGACGCCGACUCUGCCGCGGCGGCAGAGGGUGUGGCGGCGCGCUCGGCCCGCCUGGCGGUGGAUGUGGAGCAGGUCAAGUGCCUGCUGCUGCGGGCGCUGGCGGCGGCGCUGCCCCUGGUGGAGGCCGAGGGCUGGCCGCCCAGGGACCCCUCCCCCAUGCUGGCGGCUGAGGUGGUGGGCCUGCUGGGCCGCCCCCUAUCCCCCACACAGGAGCAGCUCAAGAGCCUGGCCCUGCAGGCGCUGCUGCGGCUGUCCCAGCGGCCCACGGCGGCGGCCGCCGCGGCAGGCGGCCGUCGCCUGGGCUCCAGCCCGGCCUCUGCCGCCGCCGGCGGCGGCGGGCGGCACGUGCUGGUGGCGGUGGCGGGGCGGCGGCUGGAGGCGCUGACCGGCGGCGGGCCGGCCGAGGGGGAAGCCAGGGGGGAGCUGCUGGCGCUGCUGCAGCUUCUCACCGACUACACGACGGCGGUACAGGAGCCGACGGUGGCAGAGGCGGUGGUACGGCACUGCCUCACCAGCCUGCAGUCGCUCAUGGGCGUGCUGCAGGCGGCGGGGGUGGAUGCAGCGGGCUGGGCGCCGCCCACCUGGCAGCUGCUGCACGCCCUGGUGCUGCUGCUGGCGGCAGCGUGCAAGAAGUGCGAGGAGGCAGAGGCUGGGCGGGGCCUGCUGGCGCUGCUGCUGGGAGACCAGCAGGCAGCUGCCAUGCUGGCGGGGGCAGCCGGCCACGUGCUGCUGCUGCCGGAGCCGGCGGCGGCCGGCGCCGGCGCCAGCCUGGCGCAGCGCCGCCGGGCGGCGGCCCUGCAGCGCGACCUGCUGCAGCUGUUUGCCGCGCUGGCGGCGCUCGUGGGGCGGCAGCCGCCCUGCGUGCGCCAGCCGCAUCACCCACGGGAGGCAGACAGGGCUGCCUCCCGCCUCUCAGCCGCCUCCUCGGCGCUGGACAGCGGCCGGGACGCGCACCAGGACCCAGGCCAAGACCUGCUGCUGGGGCUGAGCGCGCGGCGCGGCCUGACACGCCGCAACGCCCUCCUCUUCUUCGGAGUCCUGGUCAGCCCGCACUCCGGCCUGGCGCAGCGCAUCCUAGACCACGAGCCCUACCCAGCAGCCGGGGCGGCGCCAGGCGCUGCCGCGGCGCCCGGCAAGGGCGCCGCCGGGCCGCAGCUGCCACCAUCGGCGUGCGGCCCCGGGGGCGGGCCCGGCAUGCCGGCCAGCAGCAUCGUGCGGCUGCGGCAGAGCCUGCUGGAGCUGCUCAAGGCGGCGUUUGCGGCGCCGGGCAGCCCCUUUGCCGCCGACAAGUUCGUGUCAGACUUCUACAUCCGCUUCCACUUUGUCCAGUUCCUCAAGCUGUACCACAACCCGCAGCGGGACCACCAGGCCCUCUUCCUUUGCCGCCAGCACAUGGACACGCUGCUGACGCUGGCGGGCGACAGCAGCCCCCACAUCCGCCACCGCUUCCUCCAGCUGUCGGUGGUCGACUUUUUCGUGCGGGAGCUGAGCCUGGAGUUUGAGGCGAAGCAGCCCGCCCGCGGCCGCAUGCACCGCCUCAGCAGCAGCGGCAGCCAGCUGGACCACCGCCGCACCUCCUCCUCCUCCACCCUCGCCGGCCUCGAGUCGGGCAACGCCUCGCCCGUGCCCUCCCUGCGCCUCCCUACCGUGCACGAGCCCCAGCCGGCGGCGGGCCUGCCGGCGGGCGUGCCGCUGCUGCGCCUGCCGUCCCGCGGCGGCGGCGGCGGCGGCGGCGGCGGCGGCAGCGGCUCCUCCUCGCCCGCGCCGCAGCUGCCGCCUGGCAUCGGCAUGGGAGCCAGGGGAUUGGCGGUACCGCGCCUGAACCUGGGUGGAGGGCCCUCCCUGCCCAGCCCCGGGGGCCAGAGCACCCCUAGCCCCGGCAACAGCGCACGGCACGGCCGCCCGCCGCUGCCGCCCUCUGCCAGGUCUGGCGUGGGUGCCACGCCCAGGCUGACCAGCCGGCUGGGUCGCACCAUGUCUGCUCGUUCCGGUGACAUGGCUGGCGCGGCGGCCGCGGCGGCCGCAGCGGCGGCGGCAGCGGCGCCACCGCCACCUCAGCACGCCGCGGCCCACCGCACGAGCAGCAGCGGCGGCCUGGGCCCAGGCUCCGGCACUGCCGCGCCCCUGGGCAAGCUGGGCAUCCCCAGGCUGGGGCUGGCGGGGCUGGGGCGCAGCCUCGGCGCGCCGGCACCCGCGGCCGCCUCGGAGCAGCCGCCCGCGGCGCCUCCUGCCCCCGACACCCGCCCCGCCAGCCGCGUCCACUUCUCCACGCUGCCUCCCGCCGCCGCGCAUACCGCGUCCGACGACGAGGACAGCGACUCGGACGGCAGCAGCGACGGCGGGGCAGCGGCGGCGCCGGGCCGCGGCGGCGUCUUGCGGCCCACCCCUCCGGGCUUUGACGUGCCUGCUGGCUUCCGGUUCACCGGAGAUCUGGAGGAGGAUCUGGAGCGGCUGGAGGCGCUGGAGGGAGGCCAGGCGCGCGGGCCGCCAGCCUCCAGGGUGGUCCCUGUCUCUUGGGAUUCGGCGUCAGAAGGUGAGUCGGACGGCGGGUAUGGGCCUGAGAGCGAGAGCGCCUCACCCACCAUCCCAGCCCUGCGCAGCAGCCCCUUCCAGCAGGCGCGCGGCCCCGUGCCCCCGCUGCCGGCGGUGCCCGGCCGGGCCAAGACGGCGCUGCCGGCGGCGCCGGCGGCGGCCGUAGAGCAGGCGCCGGGCAGUGGCGGCGAGCGGGGCAGGGUGGUGCCGCAACUCAACCUCGCCAGCUCCAUGCACUCAACCCUGGAGGCCCGCAAUGCCAGCGCAGAGAUGCAGCUGGCUGCUGAGGCGGAGCAGGCCAAGGCACGGCAGGGGCGUGGCGCGCUUGGCGAGCCGGAGCGCGGCGCGCCGGGCAAGGGCAGGGCGCAGGCGGCCGGCAUGCGCGCACUGCGCAGCUCGCUGUCGGACAUGGCGGGCCUGAGCGCCGCCGACGUGUCGUACAGCGAGGAGCGCGGGCGGCGGCUGCUGUACCGCGACGAGGGCCUGCACCUCGAGGUGCUGCAGCUCGUCUUCCGCCUCAUCCUGGCGCAGGGCGGCCACCUGGAUGCCGCAUACUGCGACCAGUACCCCUGGGAGCGCAAGCUGCAGAACAUCCCAUUCAUCCUGUACCAUCACCUGAAUCACGAGGAGAACCGCCCCCUGCUGCCCCACCUGCUGCCCCGCCUGGCGGCAUCCGGUACCGCCGGUACCGCCUCCGGCGGCCCCGGCGGCGGGCACGGCGGCGGCGGGCACGGCGCCCCCGCGCUGCGCCUGCUGCGCCUGCUGUGCGCCGCUUUCUUCCGACCGGAGUGGUACACAGGCCGCUCCCGCAUCUCCUCCGCCGCGAGCGCCUACUCGACUGUCUACCGGGCCAGCCUGCCGGCCUGGGCGGGCGACGGCGGCGUGGUGCUGAAGCUGGUGGACACGCCGCGGCACAUCCAGGACCGCUGCGCACAGGUGGAUGUGCAGGGGGAGGUGUCGGUGCUGGAGGCGCUGGCGGGCAGCCCCGCUGCCUGCCAGCUGCACGACUACGGGGUGGACCCGGCGGCAGAGGCGAUGUUCCUGGUGCUGAAGGACUACAAGUGCUCGCUCAAGCAGUGGCGCGCGCGCCAGCCCGCCGCCCCCGCGGGCCAGCUGCGCCUGUACCUUGCGGUGUUUGGGGAGGUGGCGGCGGCGGCGGCGGCCCUGCUGGACAGAGGCGUGGUGCACUUCGACCUGAAGUGUGAUAACUGCCUGCUGGAGCCGCUGCCGGGCGUGAGCGAGGCGGAGUUCUGGAGCCCUUCCACCGAGCGCCUGCCCUUCCGAGUGGUGCUGGCUGACUUUGGAGAGAGCAAGGCGUUCAGCGAGGGCGCCGACGCCGCCAUUACUGCCCGUGCGCGCGGCACCGACUGCUUCAAAUCCCCCGAGAUGCUGCUGGCAGGGGGCGCCUCCCACCGCGUGGAGCAGCGCCUGUACGACCGGCGUCGGCGCCAGGGCGCGGGCCCCGCCUCCGACGUUUGGUCCCUGGCCUGCCUGCUGUUCGAGCUGGUGACGGGCAAGCUGCUGUUCAGCGACAGCGACUGGGUGCAGCUGGUGGCGCGCGUCACCUCACCCUCCAUGCCUCUCAUCACAGAGGACAGGGCCGCGCUGGUGGCGGGGCUGCCAGGCCUGCUGGACCUUCUGCGGUACAUGCUGGUACGGGACGCCCGCAUGCGCCCCACGCUGGCAGACGUGCAGGCCAGGCUGGCCGCCCUGCGCAGCAGCGGCCGGGUGCGGCUGCCGCCGCACGUGCGCGGCACGGCGGCGCCACUGUCCAGCCGCUGCUCCUCCGGCGGCCUUCACCCCUCUGGCGGCUCCCAGCUCUUCUCCCCCACGAGCUACGCACCCUCCCCCAAGGCCUCCAUGCCCAUGCCGCUGCUGGCGGCGCUGCCGCUGUCGCCACACCUGCUGCUGGCGCCGCUGGCGCUGCUCGGCGGCGCCGCGCCGCUGCGGCAGCACCCCGCACGCCGCGUGGUGCUGCUCUUUGGCCUGCCGGGAGGCGGCCCCGGCGGCUCGCCCAGCCGGCGGGGCAGCCAGCGGGGCGAGGGGCUCUCCCCGGCUUCCUCCCCAGGGAGCCGCAGCGGGGGCAGCAGCCGCAGCAGCUCGCCGCCGCCGGGAUACCGCCAGUACGGCGGCGGUACGCCCGCCUGCGCCACCACCUUCUCCGCCAACCCCGUGUUCAGCCACGACGGCGGCGGCGGCUCGCUGUCAUGCGGCGGCGCCUCUACCGCCUCCCCUGGCCUCCCCCGCUCCUCGGCUCGCACCCUGAUAGGCACCCCGCGCGCCGCGCUGCGCUUCGGCUCCGCCUCGGUACAUCCAGAGCCGCAGGAGGAGGGCAGCCACAGCCUGGCAGGCGCAGCAGCAGCGGCUGCGGCGGCAGAGGCGGCAGAGGCGCUGUCGGCGUCUGCCGCCACCAGCCCUGGCUGCAGCCCCACACGGCCGCUGCUGGGGGUGGCCAGGGUGCACCCAGAAUGCAGCCCGGGCCUGCGGCUGGCGCCCAGCCCCGUGCAGGAGCCUCGCGGCCUGCAGCUGAUUCUGCCGCCGCCGCAGGCGGCUGCGGCUGUGGCGCCCGGCGGCACGGGCCGUGGCAGUGGCGGCGGGGAUGCUGGCCUGCUGGCGGGCGUGCUGGCGGAUGGCGAGCUGGCGGCGGCGGCGGCAGCCUGCGCUGCGGCGGGGGUGGAGUGCCGCCUGGCGCCCGCCUGCGCCAUGGGCCGCGAGUCGCGCAUGCAGCAGCCGCUGGCGCUGGCACAGUGGCUAUCGCAGCGGGCGAUGCCGCUGCUCUGCGGCGGCGGCGGCGGCGCCUGCGGGGCGGCCGGCCAGCAGCUGCCGGUGAUGGUGGCGGUGCAGGCGGGAUGCGAGGCGGAGGGUGCCAUGGCAGCUGUGGCGCACCUGAUGCAGUACCGCCAGGUCAGCAUGUACCAUGCCAUGGUGGCGGCCAGCCAGUGGGGCAUAGACCUCCACCUGCGCCCCCAGCACAUGCUGGCCCUGCAGCACUGGGCAGCCACGGACGGUCCCGCGGCGGCAGUACCGGCGUUACCCUCGGCCCGCGGCACGCCGUCCGCGGGCAGCGGCGAUGGCUGGCGGUAG